GAUUGAUGCUUUGAUCGUUCAGAAUGUUAACAGCUGAUCCUUAACUCUUGAUUUGACGGCGAGUAUUAAACCGUUUCGGAAACAAUUUCACUUUACUUCAGAGAAUGACACCGAGGCACGGAGAAUCAUGAACAGAGUACUGGCGUGUUAUGGUCUAAUUUUUGCCUUCUCGGUGAAUAUCUGGCGAUCAGAAGGGAGGAUUUUCUACCAUAAUGUCACACUCGUUUACGAUUCCGAAGAAGCCAGUGUUGAGGCACUUCGACUUCGCACCGACGGUUUUGGCUUCGAUAACACAGGAACACUGGAGUUUCAUGCAACUUGCCCAUUAUACGAGAUUAAUGGUCCAAGGCCUGAUCUAUGGCUUCUUACCUGCACGUCACAAGAAUUAAGAGAGGUACUUGAGCCAAGAACAAGUCGUCUGAACUCCGUCUGCGAGUCACUGCAGUACAAUGGAUUUUCCUCCCAGAAGCCUACCCGAUUCUGCAAGAGUCUCCAAGUUCUGUGCACCGAUCGCCGCCAAGCCAAGACGGGGAACCCCUGUCACUCGUGGAGGCUGAACGCUCUCUUUCGAGAGCCGGAGUACUAUAAGUUCAUGUUACUCCAGUGCCCGUGGCAAGGAGCGUUCAACGGAACACACACCCAACAAAACCAGGAACCAUGCUGGGCCAACCUGACCCUGAUGAAUAACAAUGGGCACAGCCACCUCAGCCAGGGUGAAGAGCCGCUGCUACUGAUUCAUAAAGUACUCAUUGUUGUCUGGGGAACGUUACUCUUCAUAUGGAUCGUCAACUGGAUCAAGUAUUACUGGUACUCCAAUGCUCUCCACAAGUUGCUGUUUGUAGCUCCAGCUCUCAAGUUCGUCAUCAUCGUGAUUCUGAUCAUUAGAUGGGAAUUCAUCAAUGCAACAGGUCUUGAGUGUCGUUGGCUAGAGAUCACAUCCUACGUCCUGAGGAGUGCAGAACAAGCGAUGCUAUUCAUGGCUAUGAUGCUGGCAUCAGAAGGCUGGUGUGUCGUUAGGCCAAGGAUCAGGAACAUUCGACAUGCGCUCCUACCAGUAUUAUUUCUUGCCUUCCUUGGGUCUGUGAUCUGUGUGGUCUGGGUUCAUAGCUAUUUUAUGGCAUUUGCUGUGUGCAGCAUUGUCUUUGUUAUCUAUCGUGCUCUCAAAUGGUGCUCCUAUAACAUCGAGCUGAUCAACAGACAGAUCGUGAUCACCCAAGCCAUCAUGACACAGAAGGAAAUCACCUUCAGGGACGGACUGGGCUUUAAGGAACAACUCAUCAAGAAACGGGACAUCUACCUCAGGCUACGGCUGGUCUGUGCCAUUUACACCAUGGUCUUUGCCAUCGUCACCACCAUGGCAACGUUCCUCUCCGAGUUCACCUGGGUCAAGGAAGUCACCUUUGAGAUUCCAGAGAUCCUUGUCUUCACAGCCCUUGGACUGAUCUUCAGGUUACGGGACUUCAGAGUCUACGAGAACAUUGAGAUCAUCGUACCGCGGGAGAGGUCGGCGGUGAUGUUCUUACCCUACCCUGAUCUACACUGGACAAAGAGACAGAAGAUUGUGAUGGCCUUUCCUCUGCAGCCUGUAGAGGAAGUGGCUUGUGAAGAGGAGAAAGCCUUGCUCAAGGACACCUGAAGCCGUGAUCAAAGAUACCAACGGGUUAGUGUGUGAAUUAAAGUCGUAUUUGCAAUGUACUAGACGUCGAUGAGCUUAGAGUGUACAGCUUCACGACUGUACGACGUCACUUAAAGCGGUUGCAACGGUCUCAUCUCAACUCUCGUGCUAGAUCUGUAAUUCUUGUUUGAUCCGAUCCAGGGGAAGGUACCCUGUAAUGUGAGUUCAGGAAGUUAAUUGGCGAGAUUUGCAGCCAUGGGAUACUGUGUUACUACAUAUAGGAUGACAGAGUUUAACGAAUGUCCACCUUCUUUAUUGCUGUCAAGCUGGCGAGUCUGACUCCAGACCGACCAGUGUCACUUCCAAUGACAUGCCAUCAGUCAGGUUUGGAGUCAGGUUUUGUUGGUGAGGUUGUAAUAUUUAAUGAUAACUGCAUGCCUAUAUUUCCAUAAUGCUUGUAUGAUAUGAUUUGUUACCAUCCCACUUAAUUGUGUCCAACUCAGUAACACAAGAAGCGGUUGUUGCAUGUUGUACAGGAACGUAUAGUCACAAUGCAACUCUUCAAGAAGGCCUUGUAUCAUAUUAUUCUCAAUAGGUGUAGUGUGGCCUUUUUAUACUCAAAGAAAGUUGGUGUCUUUUUCCGAAGUGGUUAGGUCCUUACUGUCAAUGUGCCAUUUAUUUCCUCUCCUGAGUUCAGUAUUUUAUUGAUAAAACUCAAGGACCCGAAUUCUCAAAGGUGGUCUUUAAAACCAUCGGUUGAACCCAUGGUUUAUGCAGAUUUCCUGUAUAAAUUAAGCUUAUUUACUGUGUAUAUAAAAAAAUGUCCAAUGCUGAUGCGCGCUUUUGUCAAAGUGUGCGAAAUUGACGCCUGUUGCCAUGGUUAAGUACGCUAUUGUAUUCAUGAGUACACUGUUUGAAGAGUGGACUCAUUUAUUUAAAACAGUGGACUCAUGAAUAAAAUAACGUGGAUAACCAUGGCAACGGGUGUCAAUUUCGCACACUGACAAAAGCGUGCAUCAACAUUGGACAUUAUUUGAUAGACACGGUAAAUAUGCGUAAUUUAUACAGAAAAUCUGCAUACGUAAGCCAUGGGUUCAACCGAUGGUUUUGAAAACCACCUUUGUGAAUUUGGGCGAGAUGGCUAGAUUUGGUGCUGCGAUCUGUUUAUGCUCUCGUACAGAGCUCUAGUUGUAAUUACAACAUUACAACAUUUCGAGUUGCAUAUCCGGUAUUUUGGUUACUCAGUGGGCAUUUGCAAGUGCUGAUCUACGCUGUAGUCGUACAUAUAUGUUCUUGUACACAUCUGCUUCUACCUAGUAGAAGAAGAGUGAGAAGGAGAAGUAGAAAUAGAAUUUCUACUUUUAACGUACUAGUCAACACAAAUUUUCUAUAAAUUCAGGGUGGUGUUUCAUAAACUUGGAAAUUAAUUGCUGUUCUGCAAUCUGCAAAUGUUUCUUUUACAUCUUUACAGACAGAUAUCUUGAAUCUGUGUCAUUUUUUGCUUGUUUAUUCACACCAAAAAAAAUCUGUAAAAAAAAAUGGUCACAUACAUAAUGGAACCUUUGGUGCAGAUUAUCUUGUGCGAAAAUAGAACAAUCAAAGAAUAAUUUUACUGAAAGUUUAGGAAGAGUUUAAAGAAAAAGUACUGAAAGUUAUGAGCUUUUGAAUGUUGAGGGCGCUAAUGCUUUGGAGAACCCUCCACUGACAAUGUGACUAAGGUGUGGGAUGUCACACAUGAAUAACUCUCCCCUUUUGAUU